CCGCGCUCGGGCUCUCAAACAAACGGCACAGCGGUCGCGACUUGUCCUCCCGCCUCCUUCUUGAAAACUCUCACACUGCACUUGGCCGCUCGUCGUGCCUCUCUCCAAUCCAUCGCAGCUGCACACAUUCGCCGACACCCGGUCACGCUGCCUGUUCCCGUGCAAGUAGCAGCCCGUCUAGUGCCAUCGCCUGCAGUAGCUCGUUCCACUCUAGAGCUCCGCGCUCAAGCUCCCCUUCUCCAGCUUCCCCGGCUUCGUCUGUCGUGAGAGCUCUUCUGCGUGGUUGCGCCUUUCCCAGUCUCCUCCAUCUUUGGAAAGAUUCCCAUCGCCGACACCAUGACCGAAGCGCGCGAUGUCUCCAACCACAUCCUCUUCGAGGUCGCGACCGAGGUCGCGAAUCGAGUUGGCGGUAUCUACUCGGUCCUGAAGUCGAAAGCUCAGGUGACAACGGCCGAAUAUGGCUCCUCAUACACACUGCUCGGCCCGCUCAACAGAAACUCAGCCGCAGUUGAGGUCGAAGAAUUGGAGCCCAAGGACCCGGCCCUGGUGGCUACCGUCAAGUCUAUGAAUGAGCGGGGCAUCAAGACGCUGUACGGCCGAUGGCUUAUUGACGGCGCGCCGCGCGUGCUGCUCUUCGAUACGAGCACUGGCUACGGAUACCUCGACGAGUGGAAAGGCGACCUGUGGUCUGCUGCUGGUAUUCCUUCGCCGCCCGGCGACUCCGAGACGAACGAAGCUAUUGUCUUUGGUUAUUUGAUCGCAUGGUUUUUGGGCGAGUAUGUAUACCACGAGAAGAAGCGCGCGGUUAUUGUGCAAUUCCACGAGUGGCUUGCUGGUGUUGCUCUGCCGCUGUGCAAAAAGCGGCGCAUCGAUGUGACCACCAUCUUCACCACGCACGCUACCCUUCUUGGUCGCUACCUGUGCGCUGGCUCUGUCGAUUUUUACAACAACCUGCAAUUCUUCGAUGUGGAUUCUGAAGCUGGAAAGCGUGGCAUCUACCACCGUUACUGCAUAGAACGCGCAGCCGCACACUCCGCCGAUGUCUUUACAACCGUCUCCCACAUCACUGCGUACGAGAGCGAGCAUCUUCUGAAGCGCAAGCCGGACGGCGUACUACCCAACGGGUUGAACGUUAAGAAAUUCUCCGCCACACACGAGUUCCAGAACUUGCACCAGCAGGCAAAGGAGAAGAUCAACGAUUUCGUCCGAGGUCACUUUUAUGGGCACAACGACUUUGAUCCGGAGAACACCCUUUACUUCUUCACUGCGGGUCGUUACGAGUACCGUAAUAAGGGUGUGGAUAUGUUCAUCGAGUCCUUGGCGCGGUUGAACCACCGCAUGAAGAGCGCUCAGUCCAACAUGACUGUGGUAGCCUUCAUUAUCUUGCCGGCACAAACACAGUCCUUGACUGUCGAAGCGCUCAAGGGACAGGCUGUAAUCAAGUCGUUGCACGAUACCAUUAAGACGAUCGAGCAAAACGUGGGCAAGAAGCUGUUCGAACGUUCUCUUACUUGGUCUGAUGGCCAGGACAUGCCUGACGAAAAAGACUUGCUCUCGGCCUCGGACAAGAUCUUGUUACGUCGCCGACUUUUCGCGAUGAAGAGGAAUAACUUGCCGCCGAUUGUAACGCACAACAUGGUGAACGAUGCUGAGGACCCGGUUCUGAACCAGCUCCGCCGUUGCCAGCUGUUCAACCAUCCCUCUGAUCGUGUCAAGGUCGUUUUCCAUCCUGAGUUCUUGAACUCGGCAAACCCAGUCCUCCCUCUGGACUACGACGAUUUCGUCCGCGGUACGCACUUGGGCGUCUUCUCGUCAUACUACGAGCCAUGGGGCUACACUCCCGCCGAGUGCACCGUGAUGGGUGUACCUAGCAUCACCACCAACCUGUCCGGGUUCGGUUGCUACAUGGAAGAGCUGAUUGAGAACGCUUCCGACUACGGCAUCUAUAUUGUGGACCGUCGUAUGAAGGGCGUUGAUGACUCGGUCAACCAGCUUGUCGACUACAUGUUCGAUUUCACCAAGAAGAGCAAGCGACAGCGUAUCAACCAGCGCAACCGAACUGAGCGUCUCAGCGACCUCCUCGACUGGAAGCGGAUGGGCAUGGAAUACGUCAAAGCACGCCAGCUCGCGUUGCGACGAGCUUACCCAGCGGCAUACGAAGAGGAUGAGGAGCCCGACUUCUUUGGCUCGCAUGAGGUCAAGAUCUCGCGGCCGCUAUCAGAGCCCGGGUCUCCCCGCGAUCGGUCUGGGAUGAUGACACCUGGUGACUUUGCGUCGCUCCAGGAAGGACGAGAAGGACUCAGCACUGAGGACUACAUAGCAUGGAAGCUCCCGGAGGAAGAGGACCCCGAUGACUACCCUUUCCCGCUCACCCUCAAGACGAAGAAGCCCACAGGUUCCGGCGCCAUCUCACCGGCACUCAAUGGCACUGACGGGGCCUCGGAUGUACCGCAAACAUCAGCGAACGCGAUAGCCGGUAUACCGGGGCCCCAGAUCACCACAGCGACAUAGUGACUCUGUGGUGAGAAGGCUGUGAUUAGAUUGGGGGGAACUAGAGGGACAAAUUGCAUGUGCGGGAUGUGGUGGUGAUUUCAUUGUUUCUGGGCGCAUGGGGCGAUGCUGCAUGGCGACGAUGAUGCUUUUCAGCUGUGAAUACUUUGCGCUACGCGAGAGGACAGCGAACAGCUCCUUUUUGUCUCCUAGAUUUAGCCAGUCGGUACCUGAAUGCGAUGCGAUGCGACGCG